AUGCCCCGCCAAUCCCGCGGCCCAGCCCCAGCCCCCAGGCGCCCCGUCGCCGCCGCACCACCGCCUCGUCCAGCACCCCAGCAGCAACAAACCCGCCAGGCCUCCACCGCCGCCCACCCGCAACAACAACAAGCUCCUCCGCAGCAACAAGCCCCUCCAGCCGCAGGAAGCCAAGGCCCAGGUCUCUUCGGUCAGAUGGCCAGCACCGCUGCCGGCGUCGCAGUCGGCUCCUCAAUCGGCCACGCCGUCGGCGGCUGGUUCGGCGGUGGCUCGUCCGCUGCAGCGCCAGCGGAAGCCGCACCCCCAGCGGAACAACAGCAAUACUCCACCAUGACGAACCAAAGCGCUCCCUCGGUCUGCGCGAACCAAGUGCAGGAUUUCCGAAGGUGCAUGGAUGAGAAUAGUGGCAGUUUGACGAUUUGUGGGUGGUAUUUGGAUCAGUUGAAGGCUUGUCAGGGGGCGGCGAGUCAGUAUUAG